AGAGAGAGAGAGAGAGAGAGAGGAAGUAAGGCUGAUCUCGCUGUAGGCGUUAUAGAAAACGCUUUAAACAGUAAAACGUUCGUACAGUUUAUUAGUCACGCGGAAAUCAGACACUUUUUGGCGGCGUUUGUUUGGACUUUCUCCAAAUUCCCCUCCCACUGCGAGAUUGAUAGCUCGAAGGGAGAAGUUGCACACAAGGCUCAGCGGAAGUGAGCUCGGAGAAAGGCGACAGGGAUACAAGAGGUUGAUUUAUUGAGCUGUAGGGUCGGUGUCCUAAAGCUCUCUCUGUUGCCGGAGGUGCUGUUCGAGAUGAGUGAGGAGAGGCCUGAGGUGGAGCUCUUCGUGAAGGCAGGAAGCGAUGGUCAGAGCAUUGGGAACUGCCCGUUCUCUCAGCGGCUCUUCAUGGUCCUGUGGCUGAAAGGCGUGACCUUUAAUGUGACCACCGUGGACAUGAAGAGGAAGCCAGACAUUCUUAAAGAUCUGGCUCCUGGGGCUCAGCCUCCUUUCCUGCUGUACGGCACAGAGGUGAAGACGGACACCAACAAGAUAGAAGAGUUCCUGGAGGAGAGCCUCUGCCCUCCUAAAUACCCACGGCUGGCAGCUCGCAAUCCCGAAUCAAACACCGCAGGUCUUGAUGUGUUCUCAAAGUUUUCCGCCUACAUUAAGAAUUCAAACCCGCAGAUGAAUGACAAUCUGGAGAAGGGUUUACUGAAGGCCCUGAAGAAGCUGGAUGACUACCUGAGCUCUCCUCUGCCGGAUGAGAUCGAUGAGAACAGUGCUGAUGAUGAUGUCACUUCCUCCACCCGCCCCUUCCUGGAUGGCCAACAGCUCACUCUGGCCGACUGCAACCUGCUGCCCAAGCUCCACAUCGUCAAAGUGGUGUGUCUAAAGUUUCGAGGUUUCUCCAUCCCUCGCUCGCUGACGUCUCUGUGGCGAUACCUGGACGCGGCGUAUGCCCGAGAGGAGUUCUCCUCCACCUGUCCCAGCGAUGAGGAGAUACACGUGGCCUACUCCUCCGUCGUGAAGGCUCUCAAAUAGAAGAAGGAACCCCACACACACUCACGUGCUUUAUUACCGGUUCUCUUUCUAGAUUGUCCUUGUGUUUCAAUUGGUUCCUGUAUAUCUCGAGCACCUGAGGUUGUUUGCACAAGCAGAAGUCUCACCUUUCAACUAAACGUGGUCUUAUAGUUCAUAUUUUUUAAAAGCAGCUGAACUGCAGAGGUCAGAGUUCAUUUCUGUUGCUAUACACAUAGGCAGCCUGCAGCGAUAAUUACAAAAUAUGGUCAAAUGUUUAAAAGGCAGCAGUAGUGGUUGUUUUUCAGUAUUUUGUAGCUUUGCUAGCAGUUACAAACAGGAUGUUGUUGCCUCAUUCCUCUCAUCACUGUCCCUCCCUCUCACUGUGUCAUUAUCUAGAGUCUGUAACCAAAGUCUUUAAUGACAGCUUUUCACUCACGGCUCCUUUGGUCGCAUACAUUUCAUAAACUGGUUUUCAAGCAAUGGCUCUUUACAUUCCAUUGAUUGAGUCGUGGAGACAUCUCCAUAGGAAUCCUGUGUGAUGUUUCAGAUCUAAAUUCAUGCAUUAUGUGAGAAGAAAAAACUAAAAUAAAUGUUGUUAUUCACUGAAAAUCUUUUAAAUCAGGAACUGCCCCCAAAGACAGUCUCAUCUCUUAGCUACAUGAUAUGAUGUAUGUGCAAAUUUGAGUCGCUAGAAUACUCUUCCAUUUCUAAAUAUCACUGUCAACGUGCUCUUUGAAAACACUCAACAUUUGUUGUCUUCUGAAAAAGAGGAAACCAGUGAUGUUUUAAGUUGAUUCAGGCUGUUUCUAAGAAGACCUUACAAUAUUAUUUUUUAUAAAUGGCAAAUCCUCAGACCUCGCUACAUGCACUUCUGUGUUCACUUCCUCUUAACCACUUAACAGUCAUUUCCAAAUCUUACUCUGCACUCAAAUGGACAACACAACAUCAGUGCAAAUAUUAAUGUGAGGAUUUUAUUGAUUAGAUGGAUGUUACAACAAAGUCAUUUUCUUCCUGCAUUUCUAAAAUUGUUAUUUAGCAAUACAGUUUAUAAUAAAGUUGAAAUAAAAAAAUAAAAAAA